CGUUCUCAGAACUGUGAGGCCUCCAAACUGAGAAUCCCGCGACCCAAGUGGACUCACAGUCUCACAAUUUGCAGGUCCACUUCCAUGGCAGUGAUGGAACUAGUUGAGGAGAUGCUGCUUUGUAAAGCGCCUCUCCAAGCUGCUCCAAGCGUUCCCUUUUGUCUAAAUCCUGGUAGAGGCUGGAAGGAACUUGGUUGAGACCAUACAGGAGGCCAAAGAGGCAGCCAGCGAUGAGGCCUGUGGCUUCACCUGCCCCUAAAUACUCCUCAGCCCGAGGGAUGACCUUCAGGAGCUCACGGCCCCAAGUUCCAAGAGGUUUUCCCUGGAUUGCGAAGGACGCAAAGAGUGCUGUUGCCAGGGAGCCCAGGAAGCCUGAAGGGAAGUAACACAUUGUCUGUCAUCUCCAACUCCAUAUUUGUCUAAAAAUGUCCUGACUGUGGUAGAACUGGGCCUUAUACCGGGACUACAGUUCAUUAGAAAGCGGUAUGUAUUAAACACAAUACCGCCAUACCGGUUUCUUUUGCUGUGCCUUUAGUUUGAGCUUCUCUGCGCCUGGCGGGCGAAGCACAGGGCGUCUUCUCUGCGUGUUGACGGAGGCUUGUCUGAUGACGCGCAUCAAAGUUAGGAAUUAAACGAGGGCACGGUGCCGACUUCUCGACUCCUGAGUGAUGCAAGACUUUGGAACUCUUUCUUGCUGAACUCGCACUGUGUGGCCGCUCUGAACUUCCACGCUACCACCAGUAUGCUCAUGCUUGCCGGGUCCAGGGUCAGGUCGUCACAGAACUGUUGGAUCCCGUCUAUACCAAUCUUAUUCUCAUCCUGGGGGUCUGCAAAAAUACAGGAAAUACAGGUCUGGAUUCUGGAAGAAGUUGUCCGUGGCUACCUCUAGUUUCCAGUCAUUCUGUGUCAGGCAGUACACGGCUGUCCUCUCCCCUGCCUGUGUGAAGGACAUGAACUGCCGUACCUUGUCUCUCUGCGACGACUUCAACUUGUGCUGCCAAAAAAGAGACACACAAUGGAGCGUAACAGUAUUUGUCCCAAAUUGACAUGGUGAGGCGUUUGUGAGCCUAAAAUGGCAAGGCGCCCAAGCUUAGCACAAACAUUUCAAUCUCUUGGCGUAGCGUGAUAGAAGGAAGCAAAGCAACUAGUUAGUAAAGGAAGGUGAAGCCAACAUUGUCCUGCGCUGACUGGCAUAUAAAGGACUUGAUUGGGAUCGGCUGCAGGUGCGAGUCCUUAUCACCAAACAGAGGCCGGUGUGCACACUCAGCGCUCCUAGCAACGACAAGAGGCCGGGGCUGUGAACAGUGGCUCCAUUGACGUGCAGCAGCAGUCCAUUCGCUUCCUGGGGGCAGCAGUUUGGAAAGUUCCCAUCACUCACCUUGACUUAUGCACUCAAAGGUGUGAGGCGACUUAGGCGCCUUCUGCUCCCUUUCCGUCCACGCACUCCCAGCAGGAGCGAAUCGGUGCUUCGGAUGCAGGCUGUACGUUUGCUGCUGUGCCUCGGCCUGGUCGGGGUCUCCGCCAGCAGGGCGGAGCAGAAGUAUGGCGACCACCGGAGUCGCAGAAGUGCGGGCGUGCGCGGCCAGAGCUGGUUGGACAGCAACUGCAUGUGGCUGGCAAGGCUCAAAAACCAAAAACUGGAGGUCGUCAGUAAGCUGUCGAGGGCCGCGGAAGCUGUGAGGAAAGACCGAAGUCUUUCAGAAAUGGAGCGAGAUUUCCAGGUGCACAAGAUACAGGUUUUCCAGAAGGAGCUGGACGAGAGCGAGGGCAUGGUGUUCCAGGCCUUGCGCAGCCUGCAGAGGGCGCUGCAGGGCGACUACAAGGAUGUGGUCAACAUAAAGCAGAACAGCAGGCAGAGGCUGGAGUCGCUCAGGGCCGCAGCCAUACAGGAGGAGGAGGAGUACGUUCAACUUGUGGCGGCGGAGAAACACCAACAAGAGGCUGUAAAGAGUGUGCUUGCUCGGAAUAAAUCCAUGUCCAUCGUGGACGAGAUCCUGGAGGAUGUCAGGAAGGCAGCAGACCGGCUAGAAGAGCAGAUUGAGGAGCAUGCUUUUGACAACAACAAGCAGAUGCACGGCGUGAACGUGGAGGCGGUGCUGAGAGUGGGGGAAGACGAGGAGGACGGACGCGAGAGGAACAUGUCCAGUCAGAGGGAGGAGGAGGAAGACCUGGGACUGAGCAUGCUCAUUGACUCCCAGAACAACCAGUAUGUGCUGACCAAACCCAGGGACUCUACCAUGCCGAGGGCAGACCACCACUUUAUGAAGGAUUUGGUGUCGGUGGUGAUGCUGUCCCUGCCUUGCGGUUGGUUGUGCAAUCUGGUAGGUCUUCCCCCCAUGUUUGGAUACGUCAUUAGUGGCGUCCUCCUCGGCCCGUCUGGUCUCAACACCAUCAAGUCCAUGGUCCAAGUGGAGACCCUGGGAGAACUGGGGGUGUUCUUCACCCUCUUCGUCGUGGGACUGGAGUUCUCACCUGAGCGCCUUCGCACGGUUUGGAAGACAUCCGUUCAGGGCUCCCUCUACCUGUGUCUGCUCAUGGUUGUUUGCGGCUUGUUGGGUGGACAAGCGCUGUGCAUCCGACCCGCCCAGACCGUCUUCAUUUCCACCUGUUUGUCCCUGUCCAGCACCCCGCUGGUGUCUCGUUUCUUAUCGGGGGCUACUAAAGGGGACAAGGAAGGUGACCUGGAAUACAGCAGUGUGCUGCUCGGGACUUUAGUGAUGCAAGACGUCCAGCUGGGCCUCUUCAUCGCUCUCAUGCCCACCAUGACCAAGGUUCAGAGUGGAGCCGCAGACAGCUUGGUGUUUGGCUGCAUGCGAGUACUGUACCUUCUGGCCCACAUCCUGAUGUCGCUGGCUGCCGUGCUGCUCCUCUGUGUCUUGCUCAAGUACUUUGUGGUGGGCCCCUUUUACAAGAAACUACACGCCCAGAGCAAAGGCAAGAAGGAGAUCCUGGUGCUGGGGGUUUCAGCGUUUGUUUUUUGCAUGAUCUCGGUAACAGAGUUUCUGCACGUUUCCAUGGAGUUGGGCUGUUUCCUGGCCGGGAUGCUGCUGUCCUCCCAGGGUCACCUGGUCACUGCAGAGGUCUUGGGCUGCUUUUAGCCCAUCCAGGAUUUCCUCGCCAUCAUCUUCUUCGCCUCCAUCGGCCUCCACGUCUUCCCCACAUUCGUACUGUAUGAACUCACUGUUCUGGUGGCUCUGACGCUCACACUCGUCAUCCUCAAGUUCCUGAUGGCCGUGGUGGUGUUGUCCGUCAUCUUGCCGCCCAGCUCUCGCCACAUCCGCUGGGUGGUCUCAGCCGGUCUGGCACAAGUCAGCGAGUUCUCCUUCGUCCUCAGCAGCCGUGCGCGGCGUGCCGGCAUCAUCUCCAGAGAGGUGUACCUGCUGGUUCUGAGCGUCACCACCCUCAGCUUGCUGCUGGCACCUGUCCUGUGGAGAGUGACGACGCACAGAUGGCUGUCACGAGCCGUCUUGUGAGCAGAACACUUGCAGGACCACAUUUCUGUCAACUCCACCGCAUUUAACUCAACUUGCACAAUCGGGGCCUGAUCUACCAAAGAGGUUUGCCAGUACUAAAAAUGUGCAAGCUAGCUCAUCGACUCAUCCCAAUCACUGAGGAAUGUGUUUGUCUUUAUAAAGAUCGCUGCCGUUGUGUCCUUGGGCAGGACACUUCACCCUUUGGCCCCGGUGCCGCUCACACUGGUGAAUGAAUGAUGAAUGAAUGACGGGUGGUGGUCGGAGGGGCCGUAGGUGCAAACUGGCAGCCACGCUUCCCUCAGUCUACCCUGUGGCUACUGAUGUAGCUUACCACCACCUAUGUGUGAAUGAAUGAUGAAUGAAUGACAGGUGGUGGUCGGAGGGGCCGUAGGUGCAAACUGGCAGCCACGCUUCCGUCAGUCUACCCCACAGAUGUAGCUUACCACCACCUAUGUGUGAAUGAAUGAUGAAUGAAUGACAGGUGGUGGUCGGAAGGGCCGUAGGUGCAAACUGGCAGCCACGCUUCCGUCAGUCUACCCUGUGGCUACUGAUGUAGCUUACCACCACCUAUGUGUGAAUGAAUGAUGGCUUCCCACUUCUCUGUCAGUGCUUUGAGUGUCUAACAUAGAAAAGCGCUAUAUAAAUCUAACCCAUUAUUAUUAUUAUUAUUAUUAUAUACUGACUAUCAGGACAGCCACAACAUGCAGAUGUAAUCAUUUAGCACUCACUAAGUGGUGAAUACUACGUGCAAACUGACAGGGACUCACAUUGUGAAGAGGCAAUGAUAGACUUUUGUUUACUUGUACUGUCAGAAAUCAAACAUUUAGGGUGUGCCACACCUUCCGCCCGAUUGGAGCUGAGAUAGGCACCAGUGCCCCCAGAAAAGGGAAUAAGCGGUAGAAAAUGGAUGGAUGGAUGGAUGGCGUACAUUCACACUGUCGGGUAGGAUGUCCAAUUCAGAUUUUUUGGGGUCAAAUCCGAUUUUUUGAUGUACUCGUUCAAAUUGGAAAAAAAAAAAAAAAAAGCCAAUGCAAUCUGACUCCCGGACAGACGUGACGUCACACGUGUUUAUGGAAGUGAAAAUGUGGCUCCAAGUCCAGUAGGUCUCAGUCCUGGCACUUUCAAGGAUUCUGUGCAAUCAAUCAAUGUUUACUUUUACAGCCCUAAAUCAUAAGUGUCUCAAAGGGCUGCGCAAGCCACAACCACAUCCUCGGUUCAGAUUCCACAUCAGGGCAAGGAAAAACUCAACCCAGUGGGAUGACAAUGGGAAACCUUGGAGGGGACCAGUCCAUAGUGGAUCUAACAUAAUAGUGAGAGUCCAGUCCAUAGUGGAUCUAACAUAAUAGUGAGAGUCCAGUCCAUAGUGGAUCUAACAUAAUAGUGAUAGUCCAGUCCAUAGUGGAUCUAACAUAAUAGUGAGAGUCCAGUCCAUAGUGGAUCUAACAUAAUAGUGAGAGUCCAGUCCAUAGUGGAUCUAACAUAAUAGUGAGAGUCCAGUCCAUAGUGGAUCUAACAUAAUAGUGAGAGUCCAGUCCAUAGUGGAUCUAACAUAAUAGUGAUAGUCCAGUCCAUAGUGGAUCUAACAUAAUAGUGAGAGUCCAGUCCAUAGUGGAUCUAACAUAAUAGUGAGAGUCCAGUCCAUAGUGGAUCUAACAUAAUAGUGAGAGUCCAGUCCAUAGUGGAUCUAACAUAAUAGUGAGAGUCCAGUCCAUAGUGGAUCUAACAUAAUAGUGAGAGUCCAGUCCAUAGUGGAUCUAACAUAAUAGUGAGAGUCCAGUCCAUAGUGGAUCUAACAUAAUAGUGUGAGAGUCCAGUCCAUAGUGGAUCUAACAUAAUAUUGUGAGAGUCCAGUCCAUAGUGGAUCUAACAUAAUAGUGAGAGUCCAGUCCAUAGUGGAUCUAACACAAUAGUGAGAGUCCAGUCCAUAGUGGAUCUAACAUAAUAGUGAGAGUCCAGUCCAUAGUGGAUCUAACAUAAUAGUGUGAGAGUCCAGUCCAUAGUGGAUCUAACAUAAUAUUGUGAGAGUCCAGUCCAUAGUGGAUCUAACAUAAUAUUGUGAGAGUCCAGUCCAUAGUGGAUCUAACAUAAUAGUGAGAGUCCAGUCCAUAGUGGAUCUAACAUAAUAGUGCGAGAGUCCAGUCCAUAGUGGAUCUAACAUAAUAGUGAGAGUCCAGUCCAUAGUGGAUCUAACAUAAUAGUGUGAGAGUCCAGUCCAUAGUGGAUCUAACAUAAUAGUGAGAGUCCAGUCCAUAGUGGAUCUAACACAAUAGUGAGAGUCCAGUCCAUAGUGGAUCUAACAUAAUAGUGAGAGUCCAGUCCAUAGUGGAUCUAACAUAAUAGUGUGAGAGUCCAGUCCAUAGUGGAUCUAACAUAAUAUUGUGAGAGUCCAGUCCAUAGUGGAUCUAACAUAAUAUUGUGAGAGUCCAGUCCAUAGUGGAUCUAACAUAAUAGUGAGAGUCCAGUCCAUAGUGGAUCUAACAUAAUAGUGCGAGAGUCCAGUCCAUAGUGGAUCUAACAUAAUAGUGAGAGUCCAGUCCAUAGUGGAUCUAACAUAAUAGUGUGAGAGUCCAGUCCAUAGUGGAUCUAACAUAAUAGUGAGAGUCCAGUCCAUAGUGGAUCUAACAUAAUAGUGUGAGAGUCCAGUCCAUAGUGGAUCUAACAUAAUAGUGAGAGUCCAGUCCAUAGUGGAUCUAACAUAAUAGUGAGAGUCCAGUCCAUAGUGGAUCUAACAUAAUAGUGAGAGUCCAGUCCAUAGUGGAUCUAACAUAAUAGAGUGAGAGUCCAGGCCAUGGUGGAUCUAACAUAAUAGUGUGAGAGUCCAGUCCAUAGUGGAUCUAACAUAAUAGUGUGAGAGUCCAGUCCAUAGUGGAUCUAACAUAAUAAUGUGAGAGUCCAGUCCAUAGUGGAUCUAACAUAAUAAUGUGAGAGUCCAGUCCAUAGUGGAUCUAACAUAAUAAUGUGAGAGUCCAGUCCAUAGUGGAUCUAACAUAAUAAUGUGAGAGUCCAGUCCAUAGUGGAUCUAACAUAAUAAUGUGAGAGUCCAGUCCAUAGUGGAUCUAACAUAAUAGUGAGAGUCCAGUCCAUACUGGAUCUAACAUAAUAGUGAAAGUCCAGUCCAUAGUUGAUCUAACAUAAUAGUGUGAGAGUCCAGUCCAUAGUGGAUCUAACAUAAUAGUGAGAGUCCAGUCCAUAGUGGAUCUAACAUAAUAGUGAGAGUCCAGUCCAUAGUGGAUCUAACAUAAUAGUGAGAGUCCAGUCCAUAGUGGAUCUAACAUAAUAGUGAGAGUCCAGUCCAUAGUGGAUCUAACAUAAUAGUGUGAGUCCAGUCCAUAGUGGAUCUAACAAUAGUGUGAGAGUCCAGUCCAUACUGGGGCCAGCAGGAGACCAUCUCAAGUGGAGACAGGUCAGCAGCACAGAGAUGCACAGACGAGCGGUCCAUCCUGGGUCCUGACUCUGGACAGCCAGCACUUCAUCUGUGGCCACCGAACCUGUGCCCCCCCCCCCUCCCCCCCAAAAGGGAGGGUGGAGCAGAGCAGAAAAGAAAAGAAACGGCAGAUCAACUGGUUAAAUUUAAACGCAAGAGUAUACAAAUGAGUUUUAAUAUGGGACUUGAAUGCUUCUACUGAAGUAGCAUCUCCAACUGUUACCGGGAGGGCAUUCCAGAGUACUGGAGCCCGAACGGAAAACGCUUUAGAGCACGCAGACUUUUUUUGGGCUCUGGGGAUCACUAAUAAGCCGGAGUCCUUUGAACGCAGAUUUCUUGCCGGGACAUAAGGUACAAUACAAUCGGCAAGAUAGGAUGGAGCUAGACCGUGUAGUAUUUUAUACGUAAGUAGUAAAACCUUAAAGUCACAUCUUAAGUGCACAGGAAGCCAGUGCAGGUGAGCCAGUAUAGGUAUAUAUGUAUGUAUAUAUGUAUAUAAAAGUAUAUACAGUAUAGGUAUAUAUGUAUGUAUAUAUGUAUAUAAAGGUAUAUGCAGUAUAGGUAUAUAUGUAUAUAAAGUUAUAUACAGUAUAGGUAUAUAUG